GCACAGUGCUCGGAGCACGCGACGGGACAGGACGGGACAGAGCGGUGCCGUGAGGAGCCCCCGCACAGCGCACUCCUUCCUGUCUGACCCGGAGCUUUUCCAAGGCACUAUUGCUGCAGGUGCCCUUGAGACCAGAGAGCAGGACCCGCUGUCCUGCAGUCUUCUCAGGAGAUUAGUCUUGCAGCUGCCUUCCAGGCUCGACUGCAGGACUUGCUGACUUGGAGCUUUUCCCGAGGCAUCUCUCCUGCAAGUAGUCAUCAAUCCAGUCAGCAACAUGAAGCAGAGACCCCCGAGAGUGCCCAAGGUGACUUCGGGGAAGGAGGAGAAAGAAAGUCCUGGAGCUGCAUCAGCACAGGAGACUGAAGAGGUGGUGCCAUUCCAGCCAGUGCAGGAGGGUGCAGCCAUGGACCGCACACAAGAGCAGGACCCCACCCGUGGCCGCUUCCGCAGAACAGCGCAGCUGGUUUGCAAAUUCAUCAAGAGAAUUCGUGAGGAAGGGAACAGCGCCAUGGGCACUGCGGUCAGAGCGUACCCACACAUCUUCAAAACCAACACCAGUGCUGCCCUGCUGGAUAUGCUUGUAGAAGCGGGUUUGCCCAGUCCAAAGCAAGUGCCUGCCAUGGUGAGGUUCAUCCACCAGUGGCUCAUGGCCAAUGAGUCUGAUGGGCACAGGCUGGACAGGACCCUGCUGGAUCUCACCGAGGCACUGCCCACUGAUGUGGUGAUGAGUCUCCUGCGUGUGGCCCCAUCGUGUGACAGAGCUGCUAUGGCCAUGUGGAAGACAAUCUUAUGCUCGCCCAGGACUGCGAAGCCGGCGCAGUUGAGACUCCUCAAUGUGCUGGGGAGCUCACCAGAGCACAGCACAUGCACCUCCGAUGGGGACACAAUGAGAGUCUUACCCCUGGCUGCAACUGUGGUGAUGUGGAAGAUCCUCCAGGAGCCCUGCAUCCCACAAAUAGUGACAAUGUAUUGCACCCGCCUAUUUGUCCACCUGCUCUUCCAAGCGUACUUCAGCACUCUGGAUACACCAGAGGAGGUGGAUAAAUUCUGGAAGGAAUGCCAGCAGCAACACGGCUUUGGUGCCAGCCCCAACAGGUUUGCAGUGCAGACCCUGAAGUCCCUGCUCUGUCGAAGGCAGUAUGAGGGUGUGGUGACAGCAAUGGAACACAACCAUGGCUGGGACAUGCUGCUGUCUUCUGACACCCAGCACUAUGCCAUGGGUCUUCUGGCCAGGGAGAUUUCCCGUGUCUCCCUACCCUUGUGUUCCCGGAUCAUUUGUUACCUGCUCCAACUUCUCAGCACACGGGAGCCACGCUGGGACCUGCCUGCCCUGGCAUUCCUUGUGGAGAUCCUCAAGUACCAGGACUUGAGUGAACGCACUGGUAAACGCCUCCUACAAAUCCUGGAACUGCACCUGCAGAACGAGCGCAGGGACAGGCGAUGCCGGGCGCUCAGGGCCCUUCUCGAGCUCAGUGACAAUCCCUGGAUGGCCGAAAAAAUGCGCAGCCUGACAGAAAGUCUUGUGGAGCUCCUGCGGGACACAGAUGGAGAGACAGUUGAGAUGACAAUCAUGCUACUCAGCUUUAUAGUGCUGGAAAACGACAUGCUGAUAGCCAGCCCCAUCACCCUGCAGCUGGCUGAGGCGCUCCUGCCACUCUUUGAUCACGACAAUAGCCAGGUGCAGGAGGUGUCCAUAUUGCUCUAUCAAACAUUGGUGACACUUGCAUUGGAAAAAAGAAAAAAGACCCUGAAAACACACGUGCGGCAGAGCCUGGUCCCACUCUUCUUACACUGCCAUGACAAGAAUCCAGAUGUGGCAGAGGCCUCCCGGGAAGCGCUGCAUUGUGUGGCCAAAUUCAUGAAGAGGAGGAAUCUCAUGCAGCUCGUGAAGACAGCGCAGCUGUGGAAGUUCGCCCAGUGCCUGCUGGCAGAGGACAGGAGCCGAGCGGCCGAGCACCUGCGCCAGGCCCUGCGGUACCUGCGGAGCCCACAGGAGCCCCUGCGAGAGGCGGCCGUCAGGUUCACGGGGAUGGCCAAGCGGUACCUGAGGGGGACGAAGAAAGAGCUGCAGGUGCUCAGUGAGGCCCUCGAAGAUAUGGCAGAUAACACCAGCCGUGCCCGUGGAAGCCGGGCCGUUCAAUGUUUGCACAUCCCCAAGGCAGUAGAGCGGCCUCGCGUCUCCAUGUUCCAGAGGCUGCGAGAUCAUCUUCACCGGGCAUGGAGAGCACGGCCCCGUCUGUCAGGCCUCGGCUGCCUGCGCUGCUGGAGAUCUCCUAAGAGAUCUGCUGGAGCCUCCUGAGCCAGUGGGAUUUUCUUCAAGAUUGUUCAUUUCUUCUUUUGUUUUGCUUUAGUAUAGAAAUAUAGGAUGUGUUAGACUAG